AUGUCUGUCAUCACAUCACCCAAUGUCUUGAAGAGAAUGUCACUGCAUUUACCGGCCAAAGUGAAUGUCAUCAAUCCAUCGUUCGGUAGCAAUUCCACAUGUCCGUUACCACAAAGCAAUAAACCGCUUGAGAAAAAAGACAGCCAGUUCAAAGUAUCUCAUGAUACCACCAUGCUGUAUGAACUCUUCUCUUCACUUGUGUCACCAAAGCUACCCUUAUCUCAGGGUGCUGUUGGCGGCAGGCCUAUUUGUUUGUGUUGCGAAAGAAAGAUCACAGGCCAAGUAUGCCAACCUAGUCACCGCCAACAUGAAGCAUCUCACAACAAGACGACAUCUGCUCUCUUUUAUGGCUCACAUCAUGUCAAAAAGUACAUGCAACAUGUCAUGACCAGGAAUAACAUGACGGAUAUUAUCAAUUGCGGCUUUCCGUGUCCUCAUAUUGCAUUGGAGAACGUUAAUAUACCUCUGUUUCAAUACUACUGCGAGCACUGCGAAUAUGAAAAGAAGCAGGAUACAAUUCGCCUCACCCUGACACCUACACAUUGCCGUGCUGACGAUGAUAAAAUCUAUACAAAUGCUUAUACUACCCCACAUCAGGAUCAGCAUCAAUCGAAAAGGAUGAAGAAAAGAAGGGGCUGUAUAUUUCUCUUUAUCAGGCAAACUCUUUAG